CAUUUCUUCCCGUUGCGACGCCCAGUAAACAGACAUGGCGGCGGAUGAAGACGAUUAUAUGUCUGAUGCUUUUCUCAGCCAGCUAGUGGACGUUCGUCCUGGGGUGCCGAUGGUGAAGCGCGUGAAGGACACCCUGAGAAGAGAAGCGCUUCACAGAGAGAAGAGCGUUCAGAACAGGCAGAGGAGCCACGCGCAGCAGGAGCGGGACAGCCGAGACGCAGCGCUGCAGAGCUCCUUGAGCAGUGAGAACAGAGGCUUCGCACUGCUGCAGAAGAUGGGCUACAGAGCAGGACAAGGCCUGGGGAAGGAAGGUUCUGGUCAAGUUGAACCGAUUCCUCUUAACAUCAAAACAGACAGAGGGGGCAUUGGGAUGGAGGAGUUCAAAAAAAGGAAGGCAGAAGAGGAAUUGGAAAGUCUUCGGAAAAAAGUGCAAGUAAAACAACUGAUGGAGAAGAAAUCUCUAGAAGACUUCAGGGAUCGCAAGAAAACGGAAAGAGAAAAGCGACAAACGGAAGGAGACCUGAGAAAGAGCCAGCGGGCCUGUGAACAGCUUGACAGUCAAAAGGGAAUAACUGUGCCAAAGGACAGUUGGUACUGGCCUGAAGUGAUCAAUGACGAGGCUGAGCAUAUCGAAGAGGAGUCCAGCAGUGAGGGGAGUGAAGAUGAGGAUGAGGAAGAUUUGACGCCUUUAGACAAGCUGCAGUAUGUCACAUCAUACCUAAGGGGGGUGCAUUUCUACUGCAUAUGGUGUGGGACGGCGUACAAUGAUGAGGAGGAUCUGAGCUCGAACUGUCCUGGGGAUUCAGCAGCAGACCAUGAAGAUUAAACCUGGAGCGCUGUAUACGUUGUCGGUUUAUUCUCUUUCUUUAUUUUUCUUGUAGUUCUUUGGUUCUUGUUGUCUUUUUCAUAAUAUUUAUAUAAUGUAAUAUUAUAAGAAAUGAAUUAUCUCUGGUUAAAAAGGAUGUUUUGACUGUGAUUCUACCCCUAGACGACUUUUACUGGUCCAUUUGUCAUGAAGCGUUCUCACAAGCUGGCUUUUUAAAUAAAAGCAGUUCUUCAUUCGACCGC